CUACACCAAAAGAAGCUGAGAAAUCGACACCAACUCAAGUUAAGGAACCGGACAAUCACAGGUUGAGAGAUCUCAAUGCCAAGAAGUACCAUUUUAUCUCCAUCGACAAAACCAUAUUGAAAACCAUUGCUCACAAGGCAACAGUCCAAGAGCUUUGGGAUUCAAUAAAGAUGAAAUAUCAAAGUAGUGCGAGGGUAAAGAGAGCUCAGUUGCAUAAUUUGAGAAGAGAGUUUGAAGUUUUGGAAAUGAAGACUAGAGAAAGUGGCAAUGGCUAUGUUGGAAGGGUCACAACAGUGACAAAUGAAAUGGGGAACUGGGGAGAAGAGAUGAAAGAGGUGAAGGUUGUUGGAAAGAUCCUGAGAACACUAACAGAAAGGUUUGACUAUGUUGUUUGCUCCAUUGAGGAGUCAAAGGACAUAGAUGCUGUCUCUAUUGAUGCUCUUCAGGCUUCCUUGUUGGUUCAUGAACAAAGGUUCAUGAAGAAGAUAGAUACUGAAGAAUAGGCACUGAAGGUUGGAUUCAAUAUUGGAGGAAGAGGAGAAAGAGGUCUGGCAAGAGGAGGAUUUUGUGGUAGAGGAAGAGGACGGGGCGGAAGAACAUGGAAUAGAGAUACCAUUGAAUGUUUCUACUGUCACAGGUGGGUCAUUUCAAGGCUGAAUGUCCAGAAUUGUAUGGUCAACAAGCAUAUAUCACCCCUGCAACUGUCAAUCAAGGUCCUGGCUACCCUUGAAAGAAGAGCUCUUUCUGAUGGCCUUCACUGAAGAGGAGGAGAAAGAAGAGAUGUAACCUGAAGUUCGGAUGGCAUCAGCAGAGGCAUAAGAAGACAAGACUGAAGGCUGGUGGUUCUUGGAUUCUGUAUGCAACAAUCAUAUGACAGGUGACAAAAAGUGGUUUACAAGUUUGGAUACAUCUUUUGUUUCAUCAGUAAAGCUGGGAAAUGGUA